UGAAACAUGAUACUAGACAUACAGUACAUCAAUGGUGGCUUAAUCUGCUCAUGUUGCACUCUCGGCUUCCCCUUGUUUUUUCAUAACCAUUUGCUUUGUUUCCAAUGUCCCCUUUCACGCCCAUUCACCGGAAAGGAGGACAGCAUAAAUAUCUGUGUUUCAGAAAGAGCGAACAGGAGAUGAGACGAGAGAGGAGGCAAGGAGGCAAGAUGACAUCCACCUACCCAAGUCUGAGGACAAUGUGGCUGGCUCUACUUUUGUAUCAUUUUUGCCUGAUUCUCCAGUGUCAAGCCCAGUCCAUGAUUGCAUGCCUCACCGAUCCUACAUUCAGGGAGCCAGUCCACGCUGACAUCAUGGUGAAGUGUGGAACAGAGAGAAUGGACCUCAGCAUACUGUUAUGUCCAGUCUAUUUUAGAGGGUACAACGAAUCACUUAUGGCCUUAAAUGCUCAGUACAGCAAGCCUGAGUGUCAUGGAACCCCUGACUGGACAGUCAGCCCACCUGUCUUGAGGUUUAAAUUGGCCAUAACUGAAGAUGCCAUUUCUGCCUGUUCUAACAAGCUGAGGAUCAUACAGGAAGUUGGCUCAGGCCUUUUCUCGGACUAUUCCAGUGUUCAAUUUGUUAACAUCUCCGGAAUCAUCAACUCCCUGGAUCCCAGCGCUGGCACCAUCACCUACCGACAAGAGAUGAUGUACAUCUUUUCCUGUCGGUAUCCACUCCAAUACCUCGUCAACAACACUCAAAUGAGUGUAUCUGGGGUGAGUGUUGCCAUCAAGGACAAUAACGGCAGCUUUGUUAGCACUCUCAGCAUGCGCCUAUAUGAGGAUAGUGCCUACUCAACAGCCCUUAUGGUCCCUGAAAAUGGACUGAAGCUGAAGAAACGUAUUUUUGUGGAAGUCAAGGCUUCAAACCUCACGGAAAGGUUUAAUGUACUUCUGGACCGCUGCUAUGCAACAACCAAUCCCUUUCCAUCCAACAGCACCUUCUAUGACCUGUUUGUGGGGUGCAACCGCGAUGGACAGACUGUUGUAGCAGUAAACGGUGACGCACAGAAGGCGCGCUUCUCCUUCGAGGCAUUCCGAUUUGUGGAGCACAAGGACCAAACGGUCUCCACCUUCUACUUGCACUGCGCCACCAGGCUCUGCGAGCAGUCCACAUGCAUCGCCUUACGGCCGAACUGUACAAGCGCCAGGAGGAAAAGAGCAGCGGAUGCGAACAAAGGAACUGCUGUGAGCGACAUGGCCACGGUCUCCUCGGGCCCAAUCAAAACCCAGGUGGACAGCGGCAACCUUGUCGCGUUAACUUCUGCAGCCGAGAGAGCACACGGCGUCAUCCGGGGCGUGGCCAUCGCCGCCGGGAUUGUGGGCGUGCUCUGCAUCACGCUGGUGCUCUUUAUCGUUUACCGGAUUUACUUAUCUAAAAGAAGGAAUGACGAGAAGAGGCUUUUCAACUAGCAAGCAAAAGGGGCCAAGUCUGAGGAAGGAACAACAACGGCACUGACUGUUUGGUGGAGGCAAGGAACCAAGGCAAUAAAUGGAAUCAUUUUCAUAUUCAUAGUUCAAUAUUGCAUGCAUCAUAUACCACUGCAUGAUAGCAUCUCUAUUUAAGUCUCACACUUACUGGAAUUAAGGGUUGCAUAUCUGUCUCCUGUAUACUUUAUGUAAUGGGGCUCUGUUUAUUGGAAUUGUACAAAUACACAUGGCUUACACAAGUGUAGUAAAACCACUUAUUUGGGAGUAGUGCCGCCAAAUGCAUUCCACAGCAUUGACGUUAAGACUGACGUUUUCAGGCUACAUCCUUUUUGAAUGGGGUUAUGCUGGGAUCAUUUUCAAUGUUCUCAUAUGCAAACUUCAAUAUUACUUCUGUAUAAUAAACUACAGGCUUUUCUCAAUUCUCUUUUUUUUCUCUGCAAAACGGGUGUAUAAAAAUAUAAUGGCUA